GCUUGCUCGGUUGUUGGCAGCCAAGCUUUUGCACCUGAUUGAUCUCCGCGUUUUUCUUUACCGGUCAGCGUCUAAAUGGCGCAUAUGUACCGCAUACGUUUACAUUCAUUUCCCAUUCUUUCACACCCACGACAUGUCUUUCAAGCGCAUCGUACUGAACGAACGGCCUAAAGGACACAUCGAGAAAAACACUUUCCGAUCUGAACAGUGUCAUCUGAAGGAUUAUGAACCCAAGCAAGGUCGGGUCCUCGUCCAAGUGACAUGGCUGUCCUUGGACCCAGCUAUGAGAGGGUACCUCAAUAAUGUCCGCAGCUAUAUGCCCCCAGUACAAAUCGGAGAGACUAUGCGUGCUGUCGGACUCGGCGUGGUGAUAAAGAAAGCUGAAGGAAGCCAGUUCAGUGUCGGUGAUAUCGUUUGUGGAGAAUUUGGAUGGACGGAAUACGCGAUCAUGGAAGACAACAAGCUGAAGAAAAUCACAGUCCCACCAGGCGCAGAGCCCCUUGACUUUCUCAAUUCGCUCGGACUACCAGCAUACAUUGGCCUCAAAGAGGUUUGCGAUAUCAAAAAGGGCGAGACACUAGUGGUCUCUGGAGCUGCGGGCGCUGUCGGUUCGCUCGUUUGCCAGCUUGCUAAACGUGAAGGAGCAAAAGUCAUUGCUAUCGCGGGAACGGAUGAGAAAUGCGACUGGUUAAAGAAUGAAGUCGGUGUCGAUGUGACACUGAAUUACAAAAGCCCGACGUUUGCUCAAGAUUUUAAAAAACUGGGAUAUGUUGAUGCUUUCUUUGACAACGUGGGUGGCGAAAUGCUGGAUUUGGUCUUGACAAGAUUGAACAAGGGUGCGCGCAUAGCCCUCUGUGGUGCUAUUUCAGCAUACAAUGAACGCCCGAAAGGAUUGAAAAACUACCUCACCCUCAUUUCGCAACGCGCAAAGAUGCAGGGCUUCAUAGUUUUCGAUUAUGAUUCAAUGUUUGCUGAAGCUAUUGCUGAGAUCUCAAAAGGACUCGGUGACGGAUCGUUAAAGCGGAAAUUCCACAUUGUUGAAGGACUGGAGAGUGCGCCUGCCGCUCUACCUAUGCUUUUCAGUGGGCAAAACAAUGGGAAACUGGUUGUCAAAGUGUCGUCUGGACCUCAGUCAAAGCUGUGAAUCAGUGGUAUCAGUUACUGUUUAAUGUACUUUUGUGUGGCUGUGUCGGAUCGAUCUCAAUUUUGGACCGCAAUGAGUGCGCGUCUUUUUCUCUGAUUCGUCUGAAGAAGGCUCUACCGAUUGUUGAAGAUGCCCUGAAGAUCUUUCAUAUCCAGGAUGUGUG